AUAUCUAUCGCGACCACAACACCCGCCACCCAAAUCGAGUUCGGACAAUCCGACCCACCACCGACCCACCCCUACCCCCCCACGCUCCCGAACAACAACACACACCCUCCUUCACCCUCUUCACUUCUCCACUCAUGGCCGACGCGCACAGCGACAAAACGGCCGCCAUGGACCCAGCAAGCAGCUCCAAGGUCGACCUCAAGGCAGGCAGCGGGCAGAGCAGCCCCGCCGCCUCGGUCCACUCGGCUUCCGCGCCGACGCCCAAGAGCCGCUCGUCGAAACGCGACGCCAGCGGCAGCAGCACGCCGCGCGAGAACAACCACCUCGUGGUCGACGAGAUGCCCGCGUGGCGCUUCUGGGCCAUCUUCGUCGGUAUCCUCAUGUCCAUCUUUUUGUUCUCGCUCGACCAGCUCAUCGUCGCGACUGCCAUCCCGAAAAUUACCGCCGAGUUCAACUCGCUCACCCAGCUCAGCUGGCUCGCGUCUGGUUUCUUCCUCCCCCUCCUCGGCCUCAACCUCAUCUACUCGCAAUGGCUUGAGAUCUUCCCCUCGAAAGUAGUCAUCAUGUUCGCCGUCUUCAUCUUCGAAGUCGGCUCGCUCGUCUGCGGCGUGGCCCCCAACAUGGUCGUGCUCAUCCUCGGGCGUGCGAUUGCCGGCGCGGGCGCCGCAGGCAUCUUCUCCGGCGGCAUCAUCAUCAUUGCGGAGAUCAGCCCGCUCCACAAGCGCCCCCAGCACCUCGCCCUCAUCGGCGUGUGCUUUGCCAUCGCGUCGGUGCUUGGGCCGCUGGUGGGUGGCGCUUUCUCGGACCAUGUGUCGUGGCGCUGGUGCUUCUACAUUAACCUUCCCCUCGGCGGCGUCGCCCUCGCCCAGCUCCUCUUCUUCCUCCCCAUGAAGCCGCCCCUUGGCCGCCGCGACUCAUGGACGGGAUGGAACAAGGGCAUGAUCCUCCAGGUGCUCAAGUGCGACUGGAUGGGUGCGGCAAUCUCCAUGGCCUGGGCCGUGUGCCUCAUCCUCGCCCUCCAGUGGGGCGGCGUGACCAAGAAGUGGAACGACGGGUCGGUCAUCGCCUGCCUCGUCCUCACCGGCGUGCUCCCCUUCGUCUUCUUCCUCUGGGAGUGGUGGAUCGGCCCCGAGCGCCAGAUGUUCAAGAUCCACCUCAUCUUCCGCCGCACCGUGUUCGGUGCGAGCCUCACGCUCUUCAUGAUCUUUGCCGUCUUCAUGAUCGACGUCUACUACCUGUCCGUCAACCUGCAGGCAGUGUACCACUUCAGCGCGACCGCUGCCGGUGUGCGCCUGCUGCCCCUCAUCAUGGUGCAGAUCUUCUUCCUCAUCCUUUCGUCGCGCAUCAUCCCCAGGAUCGGCUACUUCAAGCCGAUCGUGGUCGCUGGCCCUGCGUUCCUGGCCAUCGGCUCGGGCCUGCUGUAUACGAUCCGCUAUGGCCACCCCAUCGCGCGCCUGUACGGCUUCCAGGUGAUCCUCGCGGUCGGUAUCGGUCUGGCGCUCCAGAACUCGAUGCUCGGCGUCCAGAUCGAGCUCAAGGGCGAGCCCCAGUUCGUCUCGGCCGGCAUGGGCAUGUGUACGUUUGUCGGCUUUGCAGGCCGUAUCAUCGGCAUCUCGCUCGGCGGCUCAGUGUUUGAGAACAUGAUCCAGCGCAACCUCCGCACCCACGUCCCCCAGCUCCCCGCGCAGCUCGUCCUCGCUGUCGUCAACGACGCUACGGCUGUCUGGAAGCUGCCCGAGGCGCUGCAGCAGCCCGUGCUUGUGCAGUACCAGGACACGCUCUCCGUCGUAUACAUCAUUGGUGUCCCGUUCGCCAUCCUCGGCUUCUUUGCUGCGCUUGUCAUGAAGAAUGACAAGCUGCCGAGCAAGGCCGAGACGCAGGCGCAGAACGCGGCCGCCAAGGAGCGCGCCGCUGCCAAGGCUGCCGAGGCCAAGGGCGACAUUGAGGCUGCCGCUGGCGCAGAGAAGGAGUAGAGAGUGCUUUACAGUCGCCAUUAUAGAUAUCCCCCACUCGAUUAGACCAAGUUAGAUGUAAUACUUUAGUGUUGA